AGCAGCUUAAAGGAUGGCCUCUUCAGAUCUGGAACAAUUAUGCUGUCACAUUAAUGAAAAGAUUGGCAAUAUCAAAAAUACUCUGUCAUUAAGAAAGUGUGGCCAAGAACCUGCCUUGAAGACUAUGUUAAAUAAAAUUGGAGAUGAGAUCAUUGGAGUAAAUGAACUCUUAAAUAAAUUGGAAUUAGAAAUUGAGGAGCAAGAACAAACCAGCCAUUCACUCAAGGAACUCUGUGAAUCUCUUGAAGAAGAUUAUAAAGAUGUGCAACAUCUCAAAGAAAACAUUCCUCCCCAUUUGCCUCAAGUAACAGUAACCAAGAGUUUUGCUAAGGGGUCGGAUCUUAACCCUGAAGAACCAGGCAACGUAGAACCUGCACCCAUAAAUAAGGCCCCAAAAGGACAAAAAAAUAUUAAGGAAAUUCCAUUUAUAACUUCUGACGAGUUUAAUGGUAUCCCUGCGUACAUGAAAUCUCGCUUAACCUAUUGCCAAAUUAAUGAUGUUAUUAAAGAAAUCAACAAGGCAGUAGCUAGUAAAUAUAAGAUCUUACAUCAACCAAAAAAGACUAUGAGUUCAGUGGCCAGAAACCUGUACCACAGAUUUAUUGAAGAAGAAACAAAGGAUACCAAAGGUCAUUAUUUUGUAGUGGAAGCUGAUAUAAAGGAGUUCACGGCUUUGAAAGUUGACAAGAGGUUUCAUGUGAUACUGAAUAUUUUACGACACUGCAGGAGGCUCUCAGAGGUCCGAGGGGGAAGACUUACCCGUUAUGUUAUAACCUGA